AUGAAGCUGGGUUUAUUAAUUCUAUUAUUAUUAGUUGGAGUCUAUGGUGACUAUUCUUCUCUGUCCUAUGUGGACCGCCCAUGUGGUACCGAUCUCUCGAAUCUCUGGCUGGAUGUUGUCGCAGUUGUGGAUAAUUCUCAAGGAAUGACCUUCAACGGAUUGCAAAAUGUGGGUUUAAACAUUGUGAACGUCCUCAAUAACGGAACUCGAAUUGGAUCUAAUACGUUCGAGCCCAGAACCACUCGUUUUGGAUUGGUCACAUAUAACUCUGUCGCCACGCAGAAUGCAGAUCUCAACCAAUACCAAUCUUUCGCUGACACAUUCAACGGGGUUUUCGAUGCUUUCUUAACUGUUGCGAACACUACUGAAUCAUAUCUAGCCACUGGACUCGAAUUGGCGGAAAAAAUGUUUGUAGAUCAGAGUUUCAACUCUACUCGUGACCACUAUAAAAAAGUAGUGAUCGUCUAUGCAUCUGAAUAUAACGGAAAUGGAGAAUUGGACCCAUUACCUAUUGCCGAACGAUUGAAACUAUCUGAUGUCAAUAUAAUCACAGUUGCUUAUGAACAACCAGGAAGUGCUGGACUUCUGCAGGGCCUCUCCCAGAUUGCAAGUCCUGGGUUUUCGUUUUCGUUUGCAAAAGAUAAUGUUGCGGGAAAUCUCGUUAAUGAAGUUCAGAUUGCCUUGUUGCAGUCCAAUUGCUUCUGCGCGAACGACUGGAUACAGUACAGCGGGUCUUACUUUGAUCCCGCCUCCACUCGCUAUGGUAUCUGUAUUCUACCUGUCACAAUGCCUCAGGUCUGGAGAGCUGCCAAAAUGAGUUGCAGUCAUCGUUGGAACAAUUCGAAUCUAGCCACCGAAUUCAACCAAGCCAAACACGAUUUUAUUCUAUCAGCCGUUCGAAACACUCAAGGAUUCUCGCCGCCCUAUCAGUACCAUAUCGGAUUGAAUUAUGUCUCUGGAUCCUGGGUAUGGACUCAACCAACGGGACGCCAACAGGUUCCGCUUCAACAACCCCUCAUGUGGCUUUCCGGAUAUCCUCAGUUGGCAUCUGAUAAAUCUGUGGUGAUGAACCAGCAGAGUGCGCAUGAAACUGGAUGGAUAAACAUCGCUUCAAUGAAUGUCGUAGCUAAUUCUGUAUGUGAAACCUAUUCGUGUGAUACUGAUAACUAUUGUGAUGCUCAAUAUUUUAAGAAUCAAUAA